AUGAGAAUAUCUAUCUAUCAAAUUAUAUUAGAUGAAGACAAUCUUGACAAUAUACACGAAUUUGAUCAAUACAUGAAGAGUCGGAUCGAAAAGUUAGAGAAUAUAAUCUAUAACCUUGACAGUAAUUUAGACAAAGGGGUUUCUAUUUCUCGUUAUAAUAAAGAUAUAACUAGCAAAAAUGAAAUCAUUAAAACUCUUGAGACAAGAAAAGAAUAUCAGAAAAAUGAAGCUGAAAUAAAACAUGAGCUAGAUAGUUUGAGGCAAGAAAACAAAUCCUACGAAAUCAUUUUAGCUAAAUUAAAUUUAGAAAAAAAAGGGUACAUAAUCGCUAUGGAUAAAUUAAAAGAAGAGAAUAAUAUAAAACAACAACAAAAUCAAGAAGCAACUAACGAAGGUUUGUGA